CAAGUCAAAAUUGCUGUUGUCAAGCCAAUGCAAUCAGCCAAGAACCAAUUAUAUGAAGAUGAUGUUUUAAAUAAUAAUUCAAAUGUUAAUAAUACAAGCGAUGAUUAUUCAAUAUCGUCAUCGUCAAGUCAAGAGUUAAAGUUUUCGGUCCAAAAUAUUCUCGAUCCACUUUUUGGAAAGCAUGAGAAGUCGCCAAAAGAAAGUUCAUCAAUGGCGCAGGAAAAUAUUGGAAUACCGUUUCCAGCGUGGAUAUAUUGUACAAGAUAUUCGGAUCGUCCUAGUUCUGGCCCGCGUUCAAGAAGAACGAAACGAAAAAGUUCAAGUAUGAGUGAAGAUGAAAAGCGCCCAAGGACAGCAUUUACUGCUGGACAAUUAGAAAGAUUGAAACAACAAUUCAUGGAUAAUCGUUAUUUAACUGAAAAAAGACGUCAAGAAUUAGCUCACGAACUUGGCCUUAAUGAAUCUCAAAUUAAAAUAUGGUUUCAGUUUAAUGGACCAUAA